UGUACAAACCCAAUAGUGUUAGGUUCAUAUUCUAAACAAGGCUCAAUACUUAAAAUUUUCCAACUAUUGGGCCGAAAAUCGUGUUAAGUUAUCAUCAAAGGCGCUACGCUUCUCUCAUCUGCGCGCGGCGUCGUUUCGUCGAUCCUUCCCACCUCUUCAAUUCCUCAGUUCAGCUAGUACUGCACUUGAAAUCUAUGAAGAAAUCAUCAAAAUUUCUUGUUGGCUUCGAAUUCGAUUACAGCGAUUCGCGUAAAACAAUUGAGUAGAUGUCGAGGUUUCGUGGAUUGUGGCAAGCUUCGAUUAAUGCAACUAAAAGAGCUCUUUUGUGGAAGCCUGAAGACUUGCUUCCUCCAAGCGAACGAUACAUUUUUAAGUUUGACACGAAAGAGGAACUGAAGCGAUGGCAUUUGUAUGCAGAUUCUGAAUUUAAUGGUUUGUCAUCAGCGUCGCUGCAAAUACAAGAGUCUACCAAUGGAUCAAGUGGUACUGGUGUAUUCACUGGAAACCUUUCUUUGGAUGUCGCUGAAGGUACUAAAUGGAAUAUAACUAGAAGUGGAUUCUGCGGAAUGAGAUCUAAGAAGUUUGAUGGCUUCAUUGAUCUGGAUGGGUACGACACAUUGGCUCUGAAACUUAAAGGGGAUGGGCGAUGCUACAUAUCUACUAUUUAUACGGAGAAUUGGGUGAAUUCUCCCGGACAACAAGAAGAUAACUCGUGGCAGGCAUUUGUUUAUGUGCCUAAGGACAACUGGUACAUUGCCAAGAUCCCCCUCGCUCGAUAUCUACCAACAUGGCGAGGCAACGUGAUAGACGCAGAGCUCGAGAUGAACCCGGCUCGUGUCGUUGGCAUGUCCCUCUCGUUGAAUGCAGAAGGCGGGAUCCCAGGCGCCGUCUCUGGUCCAGGUGAUUUUCGAGUUGAAAUUGAGUGGAUUAAAGCUCUUAGAACGUUGAGUUAGUCACAAUUCAAAUUUGAUCGAGAUCUUUAACUACGUGUGUGAUGAUGACGUCAUUAUGUUUACCGGGUGAUUUUCGAGUUGAAAUAGACUGGAUUAAAGCUCUUACAACGUUGAGUUAGUCGCAUUGUUUGGUUAGACCUAAAUUCAAAUUUUGUUCGAGAUCUCUACUUUCGUGUAUAAUGAUGAUGUCAUUUACGUCUACGUCGUUGGACUAAAAACACAUACUACUUACUAUGUAUGAAGAAAUCUCAAUAAUAUCUUGCCACUGUCAAAUUUGAGUGGUUUCAAAUUA